UUUUGUUAUCAAUUACAAGCAAUUGUAAACUCGCAACUCGUAAAUGUGAAGUGAAGGAUCGAGUGCAGCAAGUAGCAAUUUGUUGUCGACGAUGAUAACUUCACGAGGAUUAAAUUUAUUAAAAUUUGUUUAUAGUAAUAGUCAAAGAAAAGUUGCAGCAACGAAUUUGCGGACUGUUAGAUUAGGUCACGACAGUCACUAUCAUGGAUCUUAUCGUGACCAAUUUCCACCAAUAGACAAGAAAGAAAUAAUUGCUGCUGAAAUUUUUGGAGGCUUUAUGUGGUGGUGGAUAUUAUGGCAUUUCUGGCAUGAUUUUGGUCACAUUGUUGGAGAAUUUCCAUAUCCAGAUCCAUCUGAAUGGACGGAUGAGGAAUUAGGUAUACCACCUGAUGAGGACGGACCUUUAUCACGUAUAAAUAUUGAAUAGUGUUACAACAGUGUUGUUAGAGAUGUCAUUGUAAGACCAGCAGUCUUCUUCAAAAAUGGUUUUUAGUUAUUAUAUUUUACAUGUAGAAUAUACUAUCACUGUGAUUAAUGUAAAACUUUUAAAGCUUG